AUGAAGUUUGUAAUCCUCGCCUGUAUUGCCGCCGUGGCCUUCGCCGCUCCCCAGUACAGCUCAAGCGAAGAAGUUGAGUUUGUGCCUAUCCUUAGGGACGACCGAGUCCACGAGGAAGACGGAACAUACAGCCUCGACUUCGAAGCUGGCAACGGUAUCCGCGUUUCCCAGUCUGGAUCCCCCGACGGUGAUAAGGACGCUGUGAUCAUGGCUGGAGAAUACUCUUACACUGCUCCUGACGGCACUCUCAUUGUCGUCAAGUACGUGGCUGACGGUAGCACUGCAUACUACUGA